CUCAUAAACGAAAGUACAUUUGACUAGCCUCACUAAACGGGACGCUACUACUAACCAAACAGGCGGUUCCUUUGUUGUCAAAACAUGUCUGGAAGAGGUAAAACCGGUGGGAAGGCCCGCGCAAAAGCCAAGUCUCGUUCAUCCAGAGCUGGACUUCAAUUUCCAGUCGGACGUGUACACAGAUUAUUACGCAAGGGAAAUUACGCCGAGCGCGUAGGCGCAGGAGCCCCCGUGUAUUUGGCCGCUGUCCUGGAAUACCUAACGGCUGAGAUCCUCGAGCUGGCAGGGAACGCAGCCCGAGACAACAAGAAAACAAGAAUCAUCCCCCGUCACCUGCAGCUGGCUGUCCGCAACGACGAAGAGCUCAACAAGCUUUUAGGCGGUGUUACCAUCGCCCAGGGCGGAGUACUUCCAAACAUCCAGGCAGUGCUGCUGCCCAAGAAAACCGAGAAGCAAGCCAAGAGCAAAUAACGAGGCUUUGCGAUCAUGGACAAUGACACAAACGCAGCUCCGCUAGUUUGAGUCCAAACGCACUCCCUCACACGAGAUCUACACCACCACUGGCUAUAAAUGGCCAUGGGACAUUUAACCUGCCAUCACGGUGGACUAUCCUUACUGAGAAAGAAGGGGGGGGGGCUCCAUUUGUGUGGUGAAUGAACAUAAGUAUUCCAUCGUAUAUGGACCAAUGCUGGUUACAUUUGUCACUGCUUCAAAUUACAUGCAAGUCAUGUCCUUUUAUCUGCUGUUCAACUUUCAAUAAAUGUUAAGUGCCAGUGGAAGGCUCAAAGAA